AUCACCUUGAAACUAGAAAAGAAACCCACCCAUGUUUUCCCAUCUCCAUUUUCAUUGGCUUCCUACCUUAGGCUCUUUCUUCGCAAAACAUUUAAUCAUGGACUCCCCAUCGCCGGCGGUCCUCCCCGUCUCUAACUCAAAAACAGGUGGCGCCGAUGAAUCUCAGCCCCCCGUCGCCACCCCUGCUUUCCGAUCAUUCAUCAAUCACAUUACCGGAACUGUUCGCUCCGGCCUCUCAGAACGUCGUGCAUGGUCCGAACUCGUUGACCGUACCGCCUUCUCAAAACCUGAAUCCAUCUCCGACGCCACAACACGGAUCCGCAAGAACUAUGCCUACUUCCGCAUCAACUACUUCACCGUCGUGGCCGCCGUCAUCGGCGUUUCUCUCCUUACAAAUCCCUUCUCUCUCAUCACCCUCCUUGGCCUCCUCGCCGCCUGGCUCUUCCUCUACCUCUUCCGCCCCACCGAACCACCGUUGGUGAUUCUCGGCCGUACGUUUUCCGAGCGUGAAACCCUAGGCCUGUUGAUCGUUUUGAGCAUCAUCGUGGUGUUCUUAACCAGCGUUGGAUCGAUCCUGAUAUCAGCAUUGCUUGUUGGAAUGGGUAUCGUGUGUACUCAUGGUGCAUUCAGGGCUCCCGAGGAUCUGUUUCUUGAUGAACAAGACCCUAGUGGCUCCACAGGAUUUCUAUCGUUACUGGGCGGCGCCGCCUCCACUGCCGCAGCCUCAGCCGCUCCGAUGAUCGCUCCAACUCGUGCUUGAUCUUGGAUAUAGA